AUGUCUCCUACCAAAGAAGACUCCACCACCUCCUCCGCUCUCGGCAACGUUGGCAACGACGGUGUCGACCGCAGCCAGGACACUGCAACCACCCGGAAGCAGCAGCGCCUGGCCCGCCGUCAGACCCUCAGCUUCCAGGCUGAGAUGUCCUUCGGUCAGUGUGACCCGGAGGAAGUAGAGGAGAAGGGCAAGAAGGCCGAAAAGAAGGGUGAACCAGAGAACAUAGUAUUCUAUUCUUCUCCCGGAACAUCUAAGACCACCACGACAAGUGGUCUAACGCCCAGUGUCUACAAGGCACCGCCAGUAGGAGAAUCUGAAUUCUCCGGACCAGAUGGGCGAUGGUGGAAACGGAAUUUUUCGGGACUUUGGUUUGGGAUUCGUUGA